AUGCCCGGCUAUUCCAGCAGAAUCUGUGUCAUCACCUUGGCAGAAGCCCAUCCUCUUCUUCAAAAUGGGAAAACAAUUACAAGCAUUAAUUACCAAAUCAGCGCCAACUGCAGCAGACUCCAGAAUAAGGUCUCUGGGAAGUCAAAAAGGGGAGCUCAGUUUUUAACGGAACUUGCCCCUCUAUGCAGGAUAUCUUCAUCAGAUGGAGAGGAAUACACCGUUUAUAGUUGUAUACGAGGGCGUCUGAUAGAAGUGAAUGAAAACAUUCUUAGCAAUCCAGCUAUUCUGCAAGAAAAGCCAUCAACCGAGGGAUACAUCGCAGUGGUUCUACCCAAAUUUGAAGAAAGCAAGAGUAUAACUCAAGGACUUCUGACGCAGAAGGAGUACGAGGAAGUUUUGUUGAAACGUCUUAAUGCUUCUUCAUGA